UUUGUUUUUCAUCAUACAGUGUGAUUUUUCAAUUUUAAAUGCAGUGCGAAAAAUAUUUUUGGGUGAAAUAGUGAGACUUGUGUGUUCAAGAAGGGUCAAUCGAAGGUUAAAUUAUUUAAUUUUUGUGCAGUGCCAAAUUUAUUUAUGUAGUAAAGCUUUUUUUGGCUGACUAUUGAUUAAAAAACAAAAUCGAAAUUUGAACUUUGCGAGAACAAAUCGUUGCGUGUAUAAUAAAGCUCACCUGAAAUAUAGGUGUGUACGUGCGUGGUGUAUAGUAAACCGGCGUCAUCAUAAAGAUAGAAACGUUAGGUGGGUCUUUGGCCGAGGGUACAGUACCCGGCGGCACCAUUAUAACCCACGGUUGUUUAACGGGGACGGGUCCCGGCGUUGAGCUCGGGUUCCCCAGAUCCAUGGCGUUAGUAGCACCUCCAUGGCGUGAUCCCAGUGGAAGUGCGGCUCCAUUACUCGGUACUGGAGGUCCUACGGGUAGCAGUGCUUCAGCAUUGGGAGUACCACCCGGUGGUGGAUCCAGUGAUGAAUGUAAUGUGGCCACGGUGCCAUCAUUUAUCUCGUCACGUGACCUACAGCAAGCUGCAACGCCUUCAAGUCAAGCGAAUAGUACACAAUCAGCAGGAUCUCAACAUGAUAAAGGACAAAAUAUUGAGUGUGUUGUUUGUGGGGAUAAAUCCUCGGGGAAACAUUACGGGCAAUUUACGUGUGAAGGUUGCAAAUCAUUUUUCAAACGUAGCGUAAGACGAAAUUUAACGUAUUCAUGUCGUGGAUCCCGAAACUGUCCAAUCGAUCAACAUCAUAGAAAUCAGUGCCAAUAUUGUCGACUCAAGAAAUGUUUAAAAAUGGGAAUGCGACGCGAAGCUGUUCAAAGAGGACGUGUGCCGCCAUCUCAGCCGCCCGGUUUACCCGGCUUACCUGGUCAAUUCACGUUAACAAAUGGAGAUGCGGCCAUGGCUGCAGCCACAUUAAAUGGCCAUUCAUAUCUAUCAUCGUACAUUAGUCUGCUGUUACGUGCCGAACCGUAUCCAACGUCACGUUACGGUCAAUGUAUUCAACCUAACAAUAUUAUGGGUAUUGAUAACAUAUGUGAGCUGGCCGCUCGACUAUUAUUUAGUGCGGUGGAAUGGGCAAGGAAUAUACCUUUUUUUCCGGAUUUACAGGUGACCGAUCAAGUAGCCUUAUUACGACUGGUAUGGUCCGAAUUAUUUGUAUUAAAUGCCAGUCAAUGUUCGAUGCCGUUACAUGUGGCCCCAUUACUGGCUGCAGCUGGCUUACAUGCAUCACCAAUGGCCGCCGAUCGUGUGGUCGCAUUUAUGGAUCAUAUACGAAUAUUCCAAGAGCAAGUAGAAAAAUUAAAAGCGUUACAUGUGGACUCAGCGGAAUAUUCAUGUUUAAAAGCAAUCGUGUUAUUUACAACAGAUGCAUGCGGGUUAAGUGACGUGGCACAUAUCGAAUCCCUACAAGAGAAGACCCAAUGUGCGUUAGAAGAAUACUGUCGUACACAAUAUCCAAAUCAACCAACACGAUUUGGUAAACUGUUGCUACGCUUACCAUCCCUACGAACCGUUUCAUCUCAAGUCAUAGAACAAUUAUUUUUUGUCCGUUUAGUUGGUAAAACACCGAUUGAAACGUUAAUCCGUGACAUGCUCUUAUCAGGCAGUUCAUUCAGUUGGCCGUACAUGACCUCCAUGUGACACAGUGUUUGGAGGCAAUUGGCUUCCGCGUGAUGAACACUUAACACCCAGACUCCAACACCCACUACCACCCUCACCACAACUUUAUCCACACAAAAUACAAAUAAUUUGGUAAAUACAUCCAAUAAUAGUGGCGCUAAUAGUCCAACAAUUAUUGUGGACAGUAGUUUUGACAUAUGUCAAUCUAGUGCCACUCCUCAAGUGCCACAACCACCCCACUUGCUAGGACCGCCCCCACUACCGCCAUCUUUAAAUGGCGGUCCAGUUUGGAAUAAUAUUUAUGAUAAUUGGAGACUUUAUUGUUUAAUUAAUAAAUGUUAUAUGUCAUUAAAAUGAUAAUGACGUCAUUUUGGUUGUUAGUUUAUCUGUCAAUGUCCAUAAAUUAUAAGUUCAAGCAUAAAUUUAGGGUUCACAGACCACAUAAACAAGUCUUUUUGUGGUCUAUGCUUCUUGAAUCUUCUGUGCCUUAACCAAAGAACAUUGUGGCCAAGAUAUAAUUUUUCAAAUUGACUGCUUCAGAAAGAUCCCAAAUCAAAUGAAAUUAAAACUUUGAGUCCAUUUUCAAAUAAAUAGGUUUUCAAUACAGUCAUAUUUGUAAGAACAUUUAAAAGGCAAAUACCAAAUUUGUAUAUUUCGAUUAAAGUCGUUACUCUUCAUAAGGCAUGGUUUAAUUUAGAAAAAACUUGAAUAAAUUUGGAACUUUUAAUUUAUGGAUGUUAGACCAAAACUAAAGGAUUUCUAUGAAAUAAAGACUUUCUUGUGAAUACUUGGG